AUGUUUACGGGAACUUACCAUCCAGGAUUGAAUGUCCACGCCAGAUUUAAUGGAAAAAUAUCGUGUACACUUAAGAAAGACACUCCUGCUGGAACGCUCAGCUUUUUUGAUACGCUCGAUGCUCAAUCAAAACGCCAAUUUAGUCUCUUAAAAGACAAUCCGGCCAUGAGUAAUUAUGAGAUCUUCCUGAGGAAUGCUGUUCGGUUCCCAGCAGUUAUUCAACGUGGAAUCUUUAUACCUGCUCAUGGAAUUCCCUUCGAUCAUUGUUGUACUCUAAACACCAUCGGCAUUUUUACGCCUGGCACAAAUAAAAUUGAGAUCCGUCUUAUCAAGCCUGUCAUGGCGCUAGAAAUAAUUACCGUUUGCUAUUGCCCCGCGACUUUCCUGAAAACCUUCAUGCUUCGUGGCUCGAAGAGAGCGAGGGUAUCGAGCUUCGAUCCUUUCGCUCUCCUCGAUCGAAGGGCUCGAGAGGCCAAGCCUUCGAGCUCUUCGAGUCCUCGCAUCACGUGUUAUUACUAA